AUGAACAGCGAAAAGCUCCACAGGUACCCGCCUGGGGACAGUGGACAACACUCCACUGAUCUUGGCGAAAGCCAUUGUUCUCUUGAAAUCGGCGUUGAAAAAAAGGAAGUAGGUUGCGAGGGCAGCGUUGAGAGCCACGUAGAGGAGAAAUACGCGGUACGCCUUGCCUAUUUGCUCCUCGUUCGAGCCAGGAACGUCUAUAGGGGGUCUUGUGAGGUACGCGCAGAGGAUCAGGAUGAGCGAGUAGCCAAUGGCUUGGGCGGCGACCUGUAUAAGCCCAAGUUGGGAGUAGAUGCACUGGAACUUGUUGAGCUCGCUCAAGCAGCAAGUGCGUGCGGGAGAGCUGACCAGCAGCAGGUUAACAAGAGAAGAGAACCCGGACGUGGACCCCAGCAGCAGAAACAGUGGCGACAGGCCCUCACUCGUUCUUCGGUUGAUGAUCUUGACAUGUUGAGGUAUGUAGGACACAUAGAUGCCCAAUGCCAGCAGGGAGCCUAUCAAAAACCCAAAUACGGACGGGUUCCGAUAAAUAGCACAGGACUCCAUCACAAAUAA